AUGAAACGUCAUCUUACAGCAGAUCAUUUUUCUUGGGAUUUCUUUCUCGUGCAUCAUGCAUGGAGUCGAGUUCCCAAAAGAGACUACUCUUAUGGAGAGAGGGCAGAAAACAGAGAAGAUGUGGAAGAUGUGGAAGAUGUGGAUCGAGUAGUCCGUCGUAGUAGUCAAGUUUGGGCAAAACGGGAGCGGGGUAAUUUUGAAUCCCAAGUAAGUAAAGGAAUCUUGGGUGCUGCUGACCUGUGCUCUGUCUGUGCUUUGUACUCACCAUUACAUCAUAUCGAGACAUUCAUCCAUAAGAGGGUUCCUCAACUUUCUAAAAUAUGCAACAAAUACACUUUUCUUUAUUUUUGUAUCGGAAUUCGUACUCUCGUUCUUGGACCAAUAAGAUAUCAUAUCAUCGAGUUUCAAAAUAUCUGA